AUGGGCUCGGCUCCGGCAGGUACGGGGGCAGACAUGGUGCGUGCUGCGUUGAGGAUACCACACGGGGCCCUCCUCCGAAUUCUAUCACUAGAUGGUGGCGGAGUUCGCGGGUACUCCAUGCUUAUUAUCCUACAAGAAAUCAUGCAUCGUACUUAUGUCGAGAUUGAGGGCAAAGCCCCACGCCGCGACCAGAUCCCCAAGCCCGCAGACCACUUCGACCUCAUUAUCGGAACCGGUACUGGGGGUUGA